CGAUAGUGCUCGUGUGGCGUCGCCACCAUCGGGCUCCACAAGAUGAUUACAAAUUUUCUCGUGAAAAGCGUGAAAACUCCCAUGAAAAGUGUCAUGGAGUAGUCUGGAGGGAAAUAGAUCGGCCAGAGUUUCAUUAGACAUGCCUUCUGGGUGGAUUUAGCAUUAGAUUCUACAUUAAUUAGUUAUUUCAAAAGACCGAUGAGGAGGCAUAUUAGUAAUUGACGGCUCCCGAUUUCUCAUCGGCCAAUGAGAACGCCGCAAAAUUUCCCCUGCGCAUGCCCCUCGGUGAAACAUCGGGUCCAUAGCUAUAAAGUAUAUAGAGAGGCAAAUUGCUUGUGUUUGCAUUUUGUGCGUUUGAAGCGGCAUUUUUGGCUGAUUUUUGCAUCAAAAAUCAAGGCGGUCUUUUGGGGCAUAAAUCCCGGACAAAGAUACUUCACUGAGGAUAAGUAGGCAUAAAUACGGAUUACCACGAUGGGUGACUACCAGAAUGUGGGGCAAGAUGCAUUGGGAUUGGCAGCUGUGGAGCUCCAGGGCAACUCUCUUGGGCUUCGGCGUCCCUUCGAUCCGACUGCCCAUGACUUGGAGGGCACCUUCCGGCUGACGCGUUUCGCCGAUUUAAAGGGGCGCGGCUGCAAAGUACCCCAGGAGGUACUCACGAAGCUCGUGUCAUCACUACAGCAGGACUACUCAUCGCAGGAGCAUGAAUCUCACUUCAUGCACAUGUCCGUGCCCCGCAUUGGCAUUGGACUCGAUUGUUCGGUGACGCCCCUUCGUCAUGGGGGCCUCUGUCUCGUGCAAACCACCGAUUUCUUCUACCCCAUUGUCGAUGAUCCCUACAUGAUGGGGAAGAUUGCGUGCGCCAAUGUCCUGAGUGAUCUCUACGCCAUGGGGGUCACGGAGUGCGACAACAUGCUGAUGCUCCUUGCGGUCAGUACCAAGAUGACGGAAAAGGAGCGAGAUGUCGUCAUUCCCCUCAUUAUGCGUGGCUUUAAGGAUUCUGCCCUCGAAGCUGGUUGCUCUGUAACAGGGGGACAGAGUGUUGUCAAUCCAUGGUGCACAAUUGGUGGUGUUGCUUCGACAAUAUGCCAACCAAAUGAAUACAUUGUGCCCGAUAAUGCCGUCGUGGGGGAUGUUCUUGUGCUCACGAAGCCCCUGGGCACGCAAGUGGCUGUCAAUGCGCACCAAUGGCUGGAUCAGCCUGAACGCUGGAAUCGUAUUAAGCUGGUGGUGACGGAGGAGGAUGUGCGGAAGGCAUACCAUCGUGCCAUGGACUCAAUGGCACGUCUCAAUCGUAUCGCUGCACGCCUCAUGCACAAGUACAAUGCCCACGGGUCCACGGAUGUGACGGGAUUCGGGCUGCUGGGGCACGCUCAGACGCUUGCGUCGCACCAGAAGAAUGAAGUUAGCUUCGUCAUUCACAAUCUGCCGGUUAUUGCGAAAAUGGCAGCAGUGGCAAAGGCAUGCGGCAACAUGUUCCAACUCCUUCAGGGUCACUCCGCUGAGACAUCCGGGGGCUUGCUCAUCUGCUUGCCACGUGAACAAGCGGCGGCGUAUUGUAAGGAUAUUGAGAAGCAAGAGGGCUACCAAGCGUGGAUUAUUGGCAUUGUGGAGAAGGGCAACAGGACAGCUCGUAUUAUCGAUAAGCCAAGGGUCAUUGAGGUUCCUGCUAAGGAUUAAAUGCAAAAUUCCCCCCCCCCCCCAUCCAAAUGCUUAUCAUUCGAAAAUUAGAAUAUUUCUCUUAUCUCUCUUUGUAUUCCCGAAAAAAAAAAUCCCAAAAUUUAAUUACUAAGAAAUGGCAUUUCUACUAUUCAUAGAAAAAAAAAUAUUUUAUUUGAGAAGAAAAAUUGGUAAAAGGCUAUUUUUCAAAAAAGAAAAAAAAAACAUUUUCUGUAUAAUGAAGUUUUUGCAAGAAAGAACUUUUAUUUCCAACAUAAAGAAUAUCAGUGUUUGUCCAUGAAAUAAAGGAAAACAAUUCUGUUCAUUUUGUCUCAAGAAAUAAACUCGUAAUUACAAAAAAAAAUAUAAAUUCCAUUUAUUAAGGCACAUUUCACGUUAAUAUUUUUUCUUUUAAGGAAAUAAAAAUAACAGAGUAAAUAAAAAAAAUAUAAUAUUUGGUAUUUCAUUUGAUGGCGGUUAAUUCUUCGCUUUGUUCUUGUUGACCAGAUCUUGAAUGCCCUACAUUCGACAGCUCAAAAAGCGGGAAUUGAGGAUGGCGGUUUUUUCUUU